CCUCAUUAAUUCGGUUUUAGGAUUGAUGGAAGUAUUCCAACAGUAAAAUAUCAAUAAGAAUACCAUUAUGAACAAUUAAAAAAAAAAAAUCAGGUCGAUAAGUGCAAUAUUAAAGAAAUUAGGAUAUCAUAUAUUUUUGAAAUACGUCCAUGCUGAUACGUUUAUCUGCGAAUACGUAUUUCUUAAUUUCGCGGACCAUAUGUAGUAGAAAACCUAUAUUCCUCAACCAAACUCUAUGAAUUUAUAUAUUUCUGAUAGAUAAUUACACGCUAAAUCGUUUGAUAUACAAAACUUAGCUUAGGUUCAAAAAAAAUUCCAGAAAAUCACGUAUUAAUCAUAAAUUAUUCAGUAUAUUUUCAUCGUUUUAGCAGGUUAUUUAUUGUUUGAACAUAAGCCUAUAAAACAUUAAUUUAUUACCUAAACUUUAUGAAGUUGUAUUUUCCUGAUAGACCAGUUCAUGACGGUUAAGAAAAUAUAACAGUACACGGGGUAACCCCACAAAGUAACACCAAAAGGUAGUCUAAAACACAAAAGAAAAUUGUGCAAGUUGAUAUGCCAAAUUGUGUUUUUAUGUAUAAUAAAUACAUGGGUGGAUCCGAUCAAAUGGAUGAAAACAUAGCUUGCCAUAGAAUUGGAAUUCGAAGUAAAAUAAAGUAAAAUCGACUGCCGAGGAUACAAAUUCCCGCCAAUGAGAGAACGAAAGAGACCUAAAGAGGUACGACCCCACGACGUCGCAUGUGGUUCAUUGUUUGACGAAAUACAAGAAGAAAAUAUUCAAACUUGGGUACCAAAUCCUGGUAUGAGUGUCCUCACAACAAUACACGGAGGUCCUUGGCUGGCCGGGGUUGUAGAAAAAGUUGAAUCGGACAAAGUUUUGGUGAAAUUCCCUUUUCAAUUUAAUGGAAAAUUGUUUGAGUACCCAAAAGAAAACGUAAGAAACUACCAAAGUCAAUUUAUCGGUACAAGAUUCAUGCCAAUAAAACCAGUGAACAAAAUAAAAACACCUAAUACCCGGGCAACAAUUUUCAGAUACGAAAAUAAUUUAAAAAUAUUUUUAACUACACAAAAACGAUAAUCAAUAAUCAAUAAUAACAAUA